UUGAACCUCAAUUCGUAUGCGGAUACUGUGAUCGUAUGUCGGCGUGUGUCUGAUCUGUGUUUUCAGGAAAACGUAAACAAACGUACGAGGAGAAAAGGUUUAUGAGAGCGAGCGAAUGAAUUAUUUCUAUUGUCAGUGAAACUAACUUUCAAAAUGGCAUUACGUACCUAUGGAGAUAAACCUAUAAGUUUUCAAGUAGAGGAAAAUGGAGAAUAUUACUGUAUUGGAUCAGAAGUUGGCAAUUAUCUGCGUCUCUUUCGCGGGUCUUUGUAUAAAAGAUACCCUGGCAUGUUCAGGAGAUCUAUAACCAAUGAUGAACGUAAGAAAUUAGUAGAACUUGGUCUGAGUCAGCACGUUCUUGCAUCUAGUGUUUCGCUAUUACGAGCUAGUGAGGUGGAAGAUAUUAUUGAGGGCAACGAUGAUAAAUAUAAAGCCGUGUCAGUGCAUUCAACUGAACCACCAGCACCUAGAGAAGGUAAAUCCAAGAAGUCGAUGGCUUGGGUACCUAGUCUACCGAACAGUUCACAUCUAGAUGCAGUUCCUCAAGCUACACCAAUAAAUCGAAACAGAGUGCACAAUAAAAAAGUUAGGACGUUUCCAUUAUGCUUCGAUGAUACAGAUCCAUCGGCAAACUUGGAGAAUGCAGCACAACAGGAAAUGCUGGUUCCAAUACGUUUAGAUAUGGAAAUUGAGGGCCAAAAAUUAAGAGACACUUUUACUUGGAAUAAAAAUGAAAGUCUUAUAACACCUGAACAGUUUGCUGAAGUACUAUGUGACGAUUUAGACUUAAAUCCAUUAACCUUUGUUCCUGCAAUCGCACAGGCGAUAAGACAGCAAAUAGAAGCAUUCCCUCAAGAAACAAUUUUAGAAGAUCAAUGUGAUCAGAGAGUGAUAAUUAAAUUAAAUAUACACGUGGGUAAUACUUCUCUAGUAGAUCAAGUAGAAUGGGAUAUGUCUGAAAAGGAGAAUAAUCCAGAGAAGUUUGCAAUGAAGCUUUGUGCGGAACUUGGCCUCGGCGGCGAAUUUGUUACUGCUAUUGCAUAUAGUGUACGUGGCCAAUUAUCGUGGCAUCAAAGAACGUAUGCAUUUUCUGAAGCACCUCUACCAACUGUAGAAGUUCCCUUUAGACCUCCAUCAGAGGCUGAUCAAUGGGCACCAUUUUUAGAAACCUUAACAGACGCAGAGAUGGAAAAGAAGAUACGCGAUCAAGAUCGAAAUACUCGACGUAUGCGACGUUUAGCAAACACAACGCCUGGUUGGUAGAAAAAGCACAUCUAGAAAAAGAACACACUUCAUACCCACAUCUACAUUCUUCAACCAAUUCUAUCAUCCUAAUUUUUAGUAUGCCCUAGGCCGGAAUCAGACUAUUGAAGAUAGAGAUUGAAAAUUAAAAAUUGAAAUUUUACU